AUGACAUUUCCAAGGUGUCUUCCCACAACAGCAAAGAAGAACCAUGGCCAGGCUGACUUUGUCUAUGUGGCCAGAAAUAGUGUAGCCACAGCUCGCUCCCCCUCACAGCUGCAUCUUGCCGCGGGCUGGCUCAGCACAAAUCCUUUUAACUGUUUCUCCCUGGAAGAGGGUGUCAAGUCAGCAAAACCAGCUGUGAUCUCCAUGGUUUGGGAAAGAGGGAAGGAGCCAAAGGGAUGGAGGAGGAAGGAGAUAAGGACGUGGAGCUUCCCAGAGGAAGUUUGGCAAGUUGUUACCCAGCCAGGUAGCCAACAGCAACACCAAGACCAACGUUUGAGUGAUACAUUCCUAGACAAGAAAGACUGGACCCGAAAUGAGCUUCAUGAAUGUAAUCAACUAGGAAAAAAACUCCAUCAGAGCCCAAACCUCGUUCCAUCAAAACAGCAGGUCCACACAGGUGACUUGUGCGGAAAGAGUCUGAUGUGUAACCUGGACUUCACUCCUAACGCCUACCUGGCAAGGAGGAGAUUUGAGUGCGACGGCGGUGGAAACUUGUCCUCUAUUCGAAACUUGAAACUCCACCUUCAGGAGCGAAUGCACGCGGAUGUCACCAGUGUAGAAGUGUUUUAAGCUGUGACGAGGGAUUUCCUGCAGAUCAAGGAGCCAGUAGUGAGAAACCCCACGCAUGCACCAAGCGUGGGAAAGCCUUCUCCUGCAGAUCGGCCCUCAUGGUGCAUCACGGGGUCCACACCGCGGAGAAAUCCUUUGCGUGCAGUGAACGGGGGCGUGGUUCCAGGGAGAAGGUUUGCCCGACAAACGGGGAACUCACACAAAGGAGAAACCCGGUAGAGACGGCAGAAGGGGUAAAACGAUCUUCCAGAAGACAGGCCUCUGUGUCCCCGGGACAGUUCACGCGGGAGCAAAGCCUUACAGGUGUUCCGAGUGCGAGAAAACCUCCCACAAGUCGCGCCUCAUCGAGCACCAUCGCUCCCACGCGGGGGAGAAGCCGUACGGCUGCAGGGAAUGCGGGCCGUCCUUCUCCCGGAAAUCGUGUCUCCUCAUCCACGCCAGAAUCCACGCGGGGGAGAAGCCGUACGGCUGCGGCGACUGCGGAGAGGCCUUUUUCCAGAAGUUCCACCUCAUCCUGCAUCGGAGGACUCACACCGGGGAGAAGCGCCACGGCCGCGCGGAGUGCGGGAACGCGUCCUCCCAGAACUCCUGCCUCCUGCCGCACAGGCGGACCCACACUGGGGGGAAACCGUACCAGUGCUCCGACUGCGGGAAGACCUUCUCCCAGAAGGCGAACCUCAUCCGCCAUCACCGGAUCCACACGAGGGAGAAGCUGCACGGGUGAAGAGGCCGCGGGGUCAUCACAGAGUCACAGCACGAGGUCGCCGAGCCUCUAGGAAGGACAUCCCCAGGGAGACAGCCCUCAAUCGAAACCCGACGCCCCCCUAGGCAGAGGUCCCAUAUCGGGAUGACAUUCUACCACUUUGGUGGCUUAAGAAAAGCAUAGUCAACCUGGCGUGGUGGCUCAUGCCUGUAAUCCCACCACUUUGGGACACUGAGGCGGGUGGAUC